AUGUCACUUUCGCUGUGUUUCAGCGCAAUUCUUCUCCUGGCCUCGCAACGUUCGCAAGCUUAUACAACACGGGGACACUGCCAACCUGUGCCGAAUUUUUGUAGGAAUUUGACGAAUGGCGAAGGCUACUCUUUAAUGCGGCUCCCGAACGCGUUCAACAAUUAUCAACUGGAUGAAACAGUCCGAGCAAUCAGCGCUUGGAAUCCUCUUGUUGGCCGGUGCCAUGCAGGCCUAAAGCUCUUCCUCUGUGCGAUUUACGCGCCAAUUUGUCUUCAUGACAAAGAAAGCGGCAAAGAAGUUACCAUCAAACUGUGCAGGUCAUUUUGUUUAAACGUGAAAGGAAGCUGUGAGCCGGUGAUGAAACAGAACAAUCAUAGCUGGCCUCUUCACGACGCCUUUAACUGCUCGCAGUACGUGGAUAACUCAAUGUGUGUCCGAGAAGACUUCAUUUCUGCACCGACGACCCCCAAGACGCCGACGACGACGCCGACAACGAAAACAGGUCUGUACCGCUAAAUGGACGAUUACAUCGCAUUAGUGUUUGCAGCUUAAUUUGUAGUUAUUACAAAGCAACAUGAUCAAAAGAUUACGACCAAGGAAUUCUUGAAUCAAAUUGGUUCUGUUAAGUACAAGGCAAUUUAAAUACCAACAGAGUUUUACUUUGAAGAUCUGUUUUAUUCUUUUAACUAUUUACAGCGAAACGAUCAUCCCUCUUUUGAUGUUUUGUUUCUCCUAUCUACCCGCAAACACUUACAACACAGCGGUUGCUAUGAUUACAUUAUUAGGUAUUUCCUACGGAAAGGGCGCGAGUUUAGGUUGUACCCAUUGGAAUGCUUUACGCCUGUAUUCUAUAUCGAUUAAUCCUACAAACAUUGGUUUGAUUUGUUAUUUCUACAGUCAAGAAUGACAUCUGUGAUCCAACUUUACAUUCUGAUGACCACCUACUUGAAAAGGCUUGUUCAAGUGAUUUAGGUAAGACCUGUUAACAACUGUCAUUUCUAGUCUCCUAGACAGGCUAACUUUAGCUUAAAAAAGACACACACAAAACCAGGAAUACAGAUUUCCGGUCUACGAAAUUCCUGUGAUGGUGUUUACACUUGAUUCUUCAAAACGGGCCAUGAAAGGAGGGAUGCAUUUUUUUUCUUUUUGUGAUUAGGCUUGAAGUCAUCAACAUAAUUGAACGCGAGCGUGGGAUGGCAAAUUUGUCGCCUUUAAUCUUAAAAGAGGUGUCAAUGACCAUCGAAACGACGGGACAAUUUUGACACCCGCGGAUGAUUUCAUAGACCACCAAAAGUGGAAAUUGCCUUUCGGUAUCUUCCGAGUCCUACAUAGUCAACCUUGAAAAUUCAGACUAUGUUUAAGGCCCAGAAAUUAGCCUUUUUUCUAACGUAAAGCCUCAAUCACCUAAUUGUUAUUCUUUGCAAGCUACGCAAUGACAAAAGAAUCCCUAUUUUUAAAUUCGUUGGUGUAUAAUUAGAGUCGUGCAAAUAUGCCUAGUUAACAAGGAGCACAUGGAAAAACAAACCUAAAGGUGAAAUUAAAGUGUCUCGCACAAAGUUUUCACUUGUUUGGAUACACACUUCAUAAGCACCGCAUAGGGCAAUGACAGAUUGGUUAUUAGUUAAGUAAACGUCAUUUAUUACUAAUGACCAUAUUCAUUACACGUCUGUCAAUGGAACGUUCUUUGAAUCGGGCUGCAGGUUUCCUAAGUAAUACCUAGGAAUUGAGGUCUUUUACUGUGCGCUUCAGGGACAAAUAUUCAGCAUUCCAGAAAUGAGUCAUAUCUUGGUAUUGAUUCUCCCAACCUACUGUAAUAUGCUCACUUAAUCCAAGCUGUCAGAGUUUUGUUAAUAUUAAAUUGUCAAACACUCCAUACACGCUCAAUCAAUGCCCUCACCCGGCCGGUCUUCGAGAAGAACAGAACUAAUAUUAACAUAAGAUGAUAUAACUGCUGUUGAGAGAGACAUUAAAUUUAGAACGUCAGGUAAAAAAUAGACGCUUGUAGUGUACCCGGUGUAGGAGGUGUUCAACAUCUCUUAUUUCCUUUGCCUCAAGCGUGAAGUACAAGAAGGGGAAGAUGUCGUACACGUGCGCACAAGCGAGAGUCCAUCGAUUCAGAGCUGAGAGACACUUUAUUAAAGCAUAGCGCCAUUAACGGAUAAAUCAACAUCCAGUGGAUAAGCUUUACAAAAAGGAACAUUGUCCAUUGGAAAAGAGAUUUGGCUAUGUAGAUAACACUGUCCACCCUUUGAACAACUGGAUCCUGAUGUUUUUCGGUGAUUUUUGUUUAUCGGAGAGUCUUGUCUAAGGCGUUUUUACUGUCAAUAAUGUACAAAUAGCGAAAACAAUACUACUUCAGGUACCUUCAGUUUUAUUUGCUCUAUGCGAAACAUUUAUGAGUAGAACACACAGCUGGAUUUUGUUUAGAAUACCACCUUAAAUUAGUUAGCAAUAUCAGUGCUUGAGAUCUUUAAAUUUCGAAGUUUCAGCUAAAUAUAACCACAUUUAUUAAGAGAAUAGCCUAAGUAAGUAUUUAGAUAUCCUAAGGUAUCCAUUGGAAGACUCUUUUUGACUGGCCUUCCAGUAAGCGGGCACUCUUUUAGCAAGGUAUUGCCCGUCCUAGUUACUUAAACCAAACAUGUCUUGAGCCCUGAGAAAAGAUAAACCCUCUCUCAUCACGACUUGACUAAGGCUUCCAAUUCAAACUAGCACUCUCCAGCGAGAUAGUCUUAAGGAAGGAUGACCCAUCCUAUCCUCAGACUUUCCACGAUUUUACUGGCUUUCCUGAGUGUGAACUACGUUUGUAACCGCAUUUUUUAAGCUUCACUUAUGUACAGAGGUGCACUUGUUACAUUGUGAAAUCGAGUUUAUUGACUUAUUACGUUGAAUUGAAGUGGCAUUAUUACUGAACCUCUCUAUGGGUACCGGUACUGACGUCGUUUUCGUCGCGCGUUUUCCGUUUAAAGAGGGAAUAAACGACUUGUAUUUAUCAACGGGCACCCACACAGCAAACACGUAAACCAGUACUUUAAAUUUUGAUUAUCGUUUUUUACUGAUGUUUUAACUGUGUUUCAAUAAAGUAUGUCUGACGUCUAUGCCUAUCAAAUCGUCGGUUUUUCUAUGAAAUCGUCACAUCUUAAGAAUUGUCAGUUUGUGUCGAAAGACUGCUAGCAAACUCGGGUAACCACGGCGACGACGACGGAAACGAGUUAAUAAAAAAGUAACAAGUUUGAUAAGCAAAAAAAAAAAAAAGCUCUGAACGUUGACAGAUUUCUUUGCCGUAGAGAGUUUUAUUGCUGUUUCAAAAAACCAAUGUGGUCUCUUAAUGUAGGGGUGUGAAAACCGUUAAGAAAAUGUUAUUUAUCAAUGAAGGUAUUUAAAAAUGGAAUCAUGUUACAAAAAUACAAAUUAAGAUUAGUAUUUUCUCUUAACCAACUAACUCUUUUACUUUGAAAAAGCCUAGGCGUGAUCGAAUACUGCUUAGUGAAGCAACCUCAUUUUUGUUUGAUCAUCAUGUUAUCCUAUCAUUUUGCUUUUUGGUUUACACCUUUGGGGAGGCGGAUCGGGUGGUAAAACAAGAUUUUCAGUCGUUUAAAUCUAUUCAUUUGUUUGUCAAUCUGUGUUAAACGAUUAAAAAGUUUCAAAACUUUAUUAGAGCUCGUAAGCGAGUUUAUCUAAUGAUUGUGUUAUUUAUUUUAUUUUGCAGCUAUAAGAGCUGACGUAACUUCUAUGAAAGACGCAAAAGUCGCAGACUCUUAUACAGUUCUCAGACUCAAGCCGCGGCACAAGAGAACGUCACGGAAAUCAAGAAAAGAGAAGGAUUUUCCUGAUCGGGUACUGAUAAACGAAAACCUCUGCUCCAAUUUGCGAAACAGAGUGAAAACAGACAACAAAAACGGUUAUCUGAUUUUUCUCGAAAAACGAUCAGGAAAGAAGACCAAGUAUAUCGUCAAACUUAUUCUUCCAUUUAGAAACAGGCGUCAUAAAAGACUGGUGAAGAAAAAUCUCUGUAAACCGAAUUAAAGAGUUUUGAGUCACUACAGAGAAAAAAUACAACGAAUCAGAAACAGCUGCAAGGAAACUUGUAGAUGACGCUGACAGCAGCUAAUCAUUCGUAGAUUAAAAUACAAUUUUAUUUCAGUUUUGUAUGACAUCAUCUCGGCCUUUAUCAACUACACUUUGUGUUUGGCCUUGGACAUUUUUUUUAUCAUUUAGAGAAGUUCAUAUUAUUUGUAUGGGCGAAGAUUAGAUUAUUGGAUGAAUGGGUUAUUACGUCUUGUAUAGACUCACACUAUUACGUAAUUUACUGAAUAGUCAUCCUUCAAGACACAAAUGGUACUAUUAUAAAGGAAAUAAAACUCAUUCAGUCAAAAGUUAAAGAAGCCUUUCCAUUUAAAAUAAGUAUCUUUCGUUAAAGAACUUCCAGAAUUUAGCAGACAGUCCAAUACAGCUAAUGAAAUGUUGAUGUCCCUUACUUUGUUUUACAGUACAAUAGUUCGGGAUCUUGGAAUGCUUGUUAUGAGCUCAUUGUUUUGUGUAUUUACAAUAUUGCAUAUGCUUGAAUUAUGAGUGACUCGUUCAUGUGUUUGUGGAUUAUAUCUGUUAUGUAUUCAGGAGCCAGCUUAUAAUGUAGAAAAUUCUAGGAAUCGUUAGCACCUCGUCUUGUUAAUUAAUCAACUUUCAACUGAACCAUUAUAUAACGACUGGCCUCAACGAUAGUAUUUCAUAUGGAAAAGAAAGUCGAUAUAACUGGACUUCAUCAGUUAUAGCGAAUUAAAUUUUUAUUUUGCCAGUCUGUUGGCCUUUUGAUUUUUGAGGUUACAUUGUGGACUGUUCAUCUUUCACAGUUUAAGCAGUUAGUUAUAAAUCUGAGUUUUGUAACAUCUCACAAUUUUAGCGAUUCAAAUCUUGGAAUUGCUAUUAUUUUUAGUAUCCAAGAUAGUUAGGUUUUAGAUGAAAUCCUCGUAUAUAGCUAUUGAUUCCAA